UCCUACAUUCAUCCAAGUCAAUAAAGACAACUUUAACCCGCUGUGGUGCUCAGCUACAUGGAGAACAAAGCGCCUGUGCUGCUUAACGCGGUUCCUCCUUACGGACACAUGAUCUGCAGCGACAAAUGGAGAAACUCGUCCUUCAUUCAGGGUUUGAAAGAUGGAGGUGUGAAAAUCAUCUUUGAGACUGAGCUCGGAGUGGCAGAUUUCCUCCUGCCCAACAAAAGCAGUGUCCUCUACGUCUCUGAGUGUGACAUCAUCGCAGGAAGCGGCUACAAGAGGAAGGUGGUUCGCUACAGGAACGAGAAGGUGAGAGUGUUCGGGCCGUUUUCCUCUCGGUGUCCUUGA